AUGGCGGACGACAAGAACAAAAGAUGUUGGCAUUGGUCUUGUGCCGAGAAAAGCCAAGGAACUGAUUUUAAUCGUGAUUUCAUUUGUUCCGCUCACUGGAGGAAAGGAGAAUGUCAGAGUUUAGAUGACCUCCCGGAUUUAGCUUGUGAACCUACAUUUAUCGACAAAAAAGUGACCAAAAAAACCAYCCCAGUCAGGAAAAUUGAGUCUGCAAAGCGAUCACUCACCGAGCAGCAGUCAGAAGGCAGCAAGAAGAAAAGAAGGAGGGUUCUCUCUUAUAACAGUUGUAUUGAAUCUUCUAAUGUUGACCUUUUGCAAAAUGAAAUUGAUAAUCUUAAGGAAAAGCUGAGAGGGAAAACAAAUGAGGUAAAUCAAUUAUGUGAUUUGGUCAAAACCUUGGAAGUUCAAAAUGAAACAUAUCAGUCGCAGCUGAAGCAAUUUGCUCAUAAGACUGAAAAAUCAACAUUUUCCUAUAAAUGCUUGAAAAAGAAUCCAAAGCAGUUUUUCUAUAUGACUGGACUGUCUGUUGAUUUUGAUUGUCUGUUUGCCUGUGUUGAGCCUUACAUAUCUGCUAUGAUAUACCCAGAUUGUAAAACUCACCAGCAGAGGAAGUUAACAAAGAAAACCGAGCUGAUGUGCUUUAUGACAGUAUGUAGACAUACUUUGCACCUUGGUAUUGUGGGGUUCAUGACAAAUACAAGUGAUUUAACUCAAUCAAGAAUCUUUACAGCAUGGGCUGUUUUCCUAUCAACUCUGUUUGACCAACUAGACCUGAGUCCCUGCCCAGGAGAGGUGAUUUCUUUCUUACCAAUAGAUUUCUAUGCUUCAGGGUUCAAGGACACAGUGCUGUUAGGUGAUUGCACAGAAAAUUGGAUAGCUUCACCAGAAAACUAUGACAUCAGCAGUACAACCUUCGGUUCAUAUAAAAAUCAUGAUACUGGCAAAACARGAAUUUGGAUUACACCUUAUGGCAGUCUAUUAAUGUGCACUGAUAUAUAUCUAGGGGCAAUUACAGAUAAUGACUUAACUGAAGACUGUGGCGUACUUGAUAAGGUGAAAGAUAAAGGGGCUGCAGUUCUGACAGAUAAGGGGUUUGGAAUCGAAGACCUGUGUCAUGCCAAAGGGUUGUCCCACAAUCGCCCUCCAAUGAAGUUUUCUGUGAAAAAAAGAACUUUGAUGUGGCCACCCUACGCAUAUAUAAUGAAAACUACAUAG